AUGGCUCCCAGAACCACCCACUUCUCAGACGACCCACCCCAGGUCUUGGGGCAGGAUGAUCUGGCGGAAAUCGGCGAGAAGCUGCGCACCAACGAACAGCAGCCGCAGGACGAACGUCCUGGCUCCCACACAGAUGUCGAGACGGAGGCGGCCCAAACCAACGCCGAGUCUCUCGACAGCCCUACCACCGCCAAUGGCGGUAACCUCGAGAAACUCGGGACGCAUGACAAGUACGAAAUCACAGAGGACGACUGCUACGAUGAGCUUGGCUUCAAGUUCCCCACGUGGAAGAAGUGGUACAUUCUCACCAUCAUCUUCUGGGUGCAGGUGUCCAUGAACUUCAACACAUCGCUGUACUCCAACGCCAUCCCCGGCAUCGCGGAGGAGUUCAACGUCAGCUUGCAGGCCGCGCGAUGCGGUGCCAUGAUCUUCCUGGUCACGUACGCUUUCGGCUGCGAGCUGUGGGCUCCUUGGUCUGAGGAGCUCGGACGCUGGCCCAUCCUCCAGCUCUCGCUCCUCUUGGUCAACAUCUGGCAGAUUCCCGUCGCAUUGGCACCCAACUUUGCGACUGUCCUGGUCGGCCGCGCCCUCGGCGGUCUCUCCACCGCUGGUGGCUCCGUCACACUGGGCAUGGUCGCCGAUAUGUGGGAGGCGGACGUCCAGCAAUACGCUGUUGCCUACGUCGUCUUCUCGUCCGUCGGCGGCUCCGUCCUUGGCCCUAUUGUCGGUGGCUUCACUGAGGCGUACCUCAACUGGAGGUGGUCCAUUUGGAUCCAACUCAUCCUGGGCGGUGUCAUCCAGCUCAUUCACUUCUUCACCGUCCCCGAGACGCGCACCACCAUUAUGAUGAACCGCAUCGCCAAGAAGCGCCGCAAGGCCAACCCAGGAAUGAACAUCUGGGGUCCCGAUGAGCUUGUCUCGUUCAAGGAUCGCUUUUCCAUGAAGGAGAUCCUGACAACGUGGAUCCGACCGUUCAAGAUGUUCCUCACCGAGCCUAUUGUCCUGGUCCUUUCGCUGCUCUCUGGUUUCUCAGACGCCCUCAUCUUCAUGUUCAUCCAGUCCUUUGCGCUCGUGUACAAGCAGUGGGAUUUCACUACCGUGCAGAUCGGCCUUACCUUCAUCGCCAUUGGACUAGGCUACGUUAUAGCCUGGCUCUUGUUCAUUCCGGCCAUCAGACGCAACAUCAAGGAGAGGGAAGCUCACCCGAACGACGAGCGCGCCCAGUACGAGUCGCGCCUGUGGUUCCUGCUCUACACAGCGCCCUGCCUGCCCAUUGGUCUCAUCGGCUUUGCAUGGACCAUCCAGGGCCCCCCUAUUCACUGGAUUGGGUCCAUGAUCUUCGCGGCCAUUGUCGGCAUCGCCAACUACGCCAUUUACAUGGCCACAAUCGACUACAUGAUCUGCGCCUACGGUCCUUACUCGGCCUCCGCCACCGGUGGUAACGGGUGGGCUCGUGACUUCCUGGCUGGUGUCCUCACCGUCCCCGCCGUGCCCUUCUUCUCCAACAUUGGCGCCAGCUCCGGCAAGAAUCUCGAGUAUGCGAGCACGAUUCUGUUCUGCAUUUCCUUCGUGCUCGUCGUCGCCGUCUACGUCAUCUAUUGGAAGGGCCCCGUCCUGCGUAAGAGGUCGCCAUUUGCCCAGAGGCUGGCCGAGGCCCGCAACGAGCAGCCUACCGACGGUCGCCGCGUCAGUGUCGCCUACGACCCAACACGCCGUCGCAGCUCAGCAGCUUCCGGGGCUCAGCGACAUCCCGGUAUGGGCGAGCGUAGCUACAGCCAGCAGAACCGCUUCUUCGGCGAGAACCGUGUCACUCCGCGUGGUACCCCUCGCGGCACUCCUUCGGCCAGUCGUCGCCAGAGUUAUGCAAACACCGCUCAUGUGAGGUAG